AUGGCAGGGGCUGAGGGAAAGCAAACAAUACCCACUCCAGAGAAGGCGCUGCGGGACCUAGCCAAGAAUGCAUCCAAGGCCAUCCCUCGAUUUGCAGAAAAGGAACCAAUCACCGGCGUGAAAGAGCUUCACGUCCUAAUUGAUCCUCUCUUGGAAACCGCUGAUCUGCCCGAUCUGAAUCCCGGGCAUCGAGCUGCAGCAUCGAAUGCACUGUGUUCGAUUAUUGAAUGCUGCCAGGCAUCAAAGACCGAGUAUGCACGCAACGCGAUCCUGGACCACUCGAUAUGGCUCAGAUUGUUCAACAUUUAUCUACAGAGAUCAGAUGAUGCCAAAGGCAAAUCGAUGAGACAGAUGCUCCUGCUCCUAACAAGUGUCAUAACAAAGAACCAGAGCACGCACGCAUCAGAACUCCGACUACAGGCUGCAGCAACUUUUGUGGACAUCAUCUGUGACCGACAAGACCGUGUCAAAGUCAAGCCGGCCUUGCAGGGUCUAGCACAUUUCCUUCUCCGAGACGUGGUGUCGAUAGCACAACUGCUUGAGCUGUACGGAGCUCAGUCCGCAUCCAAUGGACAUUCUGGGACAUCUUCUUCGCAAACUCUUUUCAAUGCUUUCCUUGUGUGGGUGGUUCACCACGAUACCUCACUCUCGGCGGGGCAUUUGGUCAAGAACUUCCUGAUCCAGGCACGCCAGCUGCCUGAUAACGCAACUCAGAGUAGCAGCACAGCCAUCUCGCCAUUAUGGAUAGAACCAGUCGUACAGACACUACAUCAGUGGCCGGAUCGUUUGCGUGAGUUCAAAGCCAAUGUGUUCCCGCAUUGCUUCCUGCCAAAUAUCGACGAGUACCUUCGCUUCCUCUCCUACCUGCGCUUUGGCGUACAUGUGCAAUCGAGAGGUGUUUUGCCUCAAGCCCUGCGCACAUACGAGUCUCAAACCAGUGGGUUGGAACGCUCUGAGGAAUUCAAGAUCUUGUUGGCUGCCCUUGAGACUGGCAAGGAGUUGACGAUUGUUCGGGACAUCGACUUUCGUGUAUGCGAUCGAGUCGAAGUACAGGGCAACUACCUGAACCUGCCCGACGACAUUUUUGGCGCUUGGAUGUCUCACUCUGAGCCCGAGGUCAGGCUAGCCGGCGUAUUUCUCUCAGUGCACUCUACUGCCAUCACAAAGCCCAUGACUGGUGGCAUCUUCAAGUCUCUCAAACGUAAUUUGAUCCACCUACACUCAGACACUGAUGCCUACUUCCGACGAGAAGUUCACGGCUAUACACAAAAGUUGUUUGACCGGCUCCGAGCGAGUACAGCCACUCUGUCGAAAAGCUUGAUCAAGGGUCGCACGCCAGAGCAAGGCCGGCUACCAUUCCCCAAAGAGUGUCUCCAACAGCAAAACUCAUGUGCCGGGACAACUUUUGAGGACCCACUGAUGGAAUCUUUGGCCUUCGUCGUGUGGUACAUAAAAUUCCUUGAGUGGGAACUCCGGUCGACCGGCACAUAUCAACGCCGCAUCACGGCUCUCAGAUCUCUAAUUCUCGUUCUUAAGUCUGGUGUUGACCCGGAAGUGCCACAUGCGCAGUUAUCGAAGUCAGCUCAGGGAGAGUUGAACUGGGCGCAUGGAUUACAGACCUCGAACCAACAACUGAUUCGGUCGCUGCUAGACUUGGUCAUGGAUCCCUUUGAUGAUAUUCGAGAAGCCUCCAUAUCCGCCCUUCAGUUAUGUCUUGCAACACUACCAGGCGUUGAAAGAGAUGCAGUGGUGACGUCAACGCUUCCACGCUUCGUUGCUCGCGCUGAGGCCAUGAUGCUCUGUACAGGGCGCGCUGACCAUGCAGAUGGUGUCGCUCGGGCCUACUCACUGCAGUUUUCUGUGGCUAGUUCGAGUGCCACAAACUUAUCGGAUUCGCCAUCAUCGAGGUUUGGAGUGUUUGAGGGCCUGAACAAGCAGCUUGAGGAAACACUCCAGGUUGCCAGAACAAACCUCUCGGAAGCUGUCAACGGCCGUCCAGUGCACGGCAUGUUUGCUGCGUUGACCUAUAUUGUCGACCAGGAUGGGUUCUACCCCAAAAUUGCAGAAGAGUCUACUGACGCUCGCCACACUUGGGUACAAUCUCAUGGUGACAUCAUUACGAGCUUUGAGUCGCUCUGGACUAUUGUCUUCAACGUCCUCUGCGCCGAUGCACCAGAAGGAAACGUACCAGACGAGAUGGAAGAAUCAGCCAGCUUGGACACGAGGGAAGUUCUGAGCUACUCGUGGAGAGGUCUUAAAGAGGCUAGCGUUUUAAUCCGUACAAUGAUCACCAAGGCUACAAUUGGCGACGAUGGGCAGGCGAUGAUCACACCAAAUGUCUUUGAAAGGCUCGGUCGGCUCUGCUUUACACAGCUCUUGGAGCUUCGCCAUCGCGGUGCACACUCGACAGUUGCUCAGACCUUCGCGGCCUUUUGUCGCCGUUGUGCCACCUCCAAGAUCCCACAACUCCAAGCACUGCCAGAGGCGUGGUAUCAAGAAACACUUCGAUCGAUGCAAGACAAAGCUGGUGCGAUCACAAGGAGAUCGGCUGGCAUUCCCACACUCAUGGCCAGCAUAAUUGCAGCUGAGCCAGAAGCUGGCGGGAAGUUGCUCGCGCGCGCCAUGAACGACCUGGUCAAUGAGGCGACUGUUGAGGCGCAACAUACGAAUAUUGAAGAGAGUCGAUUACCACAGGUGCAUGCGAUCAACUGUAUCAAGGAGAUCUUCACAACUUCGAAGCUCAGCGUAGCAUCAGAAGCGUACAUUGCACAAGGCCUGGAGCUUGCAGCAAAGACCCUCAACUCGAACAUCUGGCCCAUUCGAAAUUGUAGCCUUAUGCUCUUCAAAGCCCUGAUUGAAAGGCUUCUGGGGAGCAGUGAAGCGCAAGACUGGAAAGAACAGGACCGUGCAAAGACAUCUCGGUUCUCUUACGACAACUACCCCAGCUUACUGAGCAUACUCUCUGACCUCCUUGAUCCGGCUGGUCCUCUCAAGCAAACACUGGAGAACACGUCAGAGAGCAGCAAUCCUUUCGAUCUUCAUGGAGCUGAAGGCGUCUUCCCAGCACUACAAAUUCUGCGACAAGCGCGACCACCUACGAAUGAACUUGGUCCAAUCCGAGCCUCUGUGGAGAAGCUCUUGGCAAGUCCGCACUGGCACAUGCGCGACAUGGCAGCACGGACUGUGGUGUCACUGCUUCCUUCGCACGAGGUGCACGAUGCAGCCUUUGAGAUGUUGAGGACCGGAUGCAGCUCUGCUAACCACCGCCACGGCCUGCUGCUGGCUGUAAAAUAUAUGAUAAGGAAGCUUGUCAAUGACCAGACCAGUCCGGCCUCGCAAGGAAUCGAAGUUUUACUGCUCGAACUCAUCAACUGUGUUGAACUCUGGUUCACCCAUAACACAUGUCCCUUCGUCGAUACCGUAUUCCUUGACAUCGUAAGCACAUGCGGCCUGGCCGUGCUACAGCGUGAAGAAUCGAAGCCUGUGUUGCAUGCAUGGACACAGCUCAUGUCGUCUAUUGAAGUCGGUCCAGAGUACGAGCUGGGUGUUUGUGGUGAAUCCGACAGCUCUCUCCGUAUCGAAGCCUUGGCUAGACUAUUCAUUACCGAUCGAACUAUCAUCAGGCCCGAGUCCUUAGGCACGAUUGUCUCUGAAGAUUACCAGAGCAUCGGUGAUACUCUUAUGCUUCUAGCAACAGAGGAUCCAGAUACCUGCUGCGCUGCACUGGAGACGUUAGAAACGAUUAUCCAAAAGGCCUUUUCGAACGCACCCACAAAGCCGAUCUCGCUACUUAUGGCACACGUACAUCGUGUUAUUCUGAACGCCGUGGAUGUGGAAGUCGUAUCCAAAGCCCAAUCUGUGUUGGCAGACGCCCUCGACAACGAGUCUGCGAGGACCGAAUUCUUCACCCUUGUCACCGACUCGCAGCUCCUCGAUACAUUGGCAAGACUGGAGGACCAAUGCCUCUCUGCUCCGCCUUCAAACGUGCAGAGCGCCCUGCACCUCCUCGGCUUCUUUAUCGACCAUGCCUACCACACGCUCCCGGAAUCCCAUGACACCAUCUUCGCGUCCACAAGUCGCUACAUCCGCCUCCUGCGCAUGACAAUCAUGGACACCAACCCCUUCGACACGCGCUUCGCCGCCGCGCAGUCGGUAUGCGCACUGCAUCACCUCUGGAGCUCGAAAACACCAUCAUCGCAACCAUCUCCGCUCGUGCUGGGGCUGGGCCUAAUCGUAUACGACACACUCCAAGACGACGACGACGAGAUCCGCGACUGCGGCGCUCUCGCAACAUCCACAUUCCUGACCACGAGCCCAAAGAUAAAAUCAGCGCCUACAGUCCCGCUCCUAGCAACCCAUAACCUACUCACGCACCUCCUCUCUCUCUUCCCAACCUCCACUGCACUCGCAACCCACGCCCUACGCCGCCUGCUCGACACUCCCCAAGGCACCCCACUCUUCCAAACCCCCUUCACCGCCAUUCUCUCAAGGGAACUAAUGCCCAACACCGCGCUAUUCGCGCAGGAGAAGCAGAACCAACACAAAGACGACGUCCUAGACGCGCUGGCCUGGUCUUCCAUCUGCGUCUCUCUCGCCACCUCCCUGCCUGCUUCGGCAGUAGAGAGCGCAGCGGCGUGGACAGCAACCGCGCUCGACGUGCUGGCUCGCACAUACGCCGGAGACACUGCGGAUGCAGAUGCAGAUGCAGAUGCAGAUGCAGCGCCCACGGACGGCCCGCUAGGCUGGGCCAGCAAACCCCGCGUCUUCACCUGGGCAGUGCGGAUCCUCUGUCUAGCCGAUCUAGCACUGCAGAGCCCCAGCCCGCAUUCCUCUGCGCAGAGCAAGACGGCCAUGAAACUGGGGUUGGCGCGGGUGGCAGACGCAAUGCGUCGAGGCGGGGGUCACGGUGUGUUGGUCCAGCGGGCGGAGAGGGUGUUGGAGCAGGAUGUGCUGCGGGGGUUGGGCGUGCUGAGCGGGAUUGCGAGGGAGGCGCCGGGGUAUGCGGCUGCGGGCGGGUGGAUGCACGGGUGA